AUGCUGCCUCCGUGUGCUCCGCUGUGGAAGCUCUGGCCCGGCUGUCUUGGGGCGUCCCGGGUCUUGAUUAGGCAAAGCCUCGCGCGGCGCAAAGAGGCUCCGCGGGCCUCCUGGGUCGUGGGCCGCUGCCCGGGCAGCCGGCCUUUCAGCACGGACUUCUCGUCCGGGGGACCGAAGGGGCGCAGGGACCCCACGCGCCCCUUGAAGCCCGGGCCUGUUUCUUGGAAAUCUUUAGCAAUCACAUUUGCUGUUGGGGGAGCUGUAUUGGCUGGAAUGAAGUACCUCAAGAAAGAAAAGACAGAGAGGUUGGAAAAGCAAAGGCAGCGAAGCAUUGGAAAACCUUUACUAGGGGGCCCAUUUUCCUUAACAACUCAUCUUGGAGAAGCUAAAACUGAUAAAGAUUACCUUGGACAAUGGGUAUUGAUAUAUUUUGGCUUCACUCAUUGCCCCGAUGUUUGUCCAGAAGAACUAGAAAAAAUGAUUCAAGUUGUGGAUGAAAUAGAUAAUAUUCCUACUCUGCCAAAUUUAACUCCUCUUUUCAUCACUAUUGAUCCAGAGAGGGAUACAAAAGAAGCUAUUGCCAAUUAUGUUAAAGAGUUUUCUCCCAAACUGGUUGGCCUAACUGGGACAAAGAAUGAAAUAGAUCAGGUCGCCAGAGCAUAUAGAGUUUAUUAUAGCCCUGGGCCCAAAGAUGAAGAUGAGGAUUACAUAGUGGAUCAUACAAUAAUAAUGUACUUAAUUGGACCAGAUGGAGAAUUUUUAGAUUAUUUUGGCCAGAACAAGAAGAAUGCAGAAAUAGCUGGUUCAAUUGCUGCACACAUGAGGCAACACAGGAAAAAGAGCUAACCAAAGCAACUUUGUUGAACACAGUAUUCUCUUGCAAUAGAGGAAAAAGUUUUGUCUCCCACUGGAGCCAACAUAAACAUACAUGCAAAUGUAACUACCUCCAUAUCAUGAGAACAUUUGUAUAUUGUGCUUAGGACAUGACCCUGAGGUAGCCAGGACUGAUUCUUUGAACCCUAACACUUGCAACUUAAAAAUCUCCCUGAUAACUUAACUUGAAACUAGAGGGCCAAAUUAAUGUCAAACCCGACGAAUAAAUCUUCAGGAAGAUUCACUUAGGAGAGGCAUGCCCUAUUGUAUUUACAUCCCCAAUAAACAAAGGUUCUUCGAUCA